AUGGACAGCCAGAAGCCGCCUGGUGAGGAUAAAGAUUCAGAACCGGCAGCUGAUGGACCUGCAGCGUCUGAGGAGUCAGGCACCACUGAGCCAGACCUUCCCAACCCACAUGUGGGGGAGGUCUCUGUGCCCAGUUCUGGAGGUCCUAGGCUUCAGGAGCCUCCCCAGGACUGCAGUGGGGGUCCAGUGCGGCGUUGUGCUCUCUGUAACUGUGGGGAGCCCAGUCUACAUGGGCAGCGGGAACUACGGCGCUUUGAGUUGCCAUUUGACUGGCCCCAGUGUCCAGUGGUGUCCCCUGGGGGGAGCCCAGGGCCCAACGAGGCGGCGCUGCCCAGUGAGGACCUGUCACAGAUUGGCUUCCCCGAGGGCCUGACACCUGCCCACCUAGGAGAACCUGGAGGGUCCUGCUGGGCUCACCACUGGUGUGCUGCGUGGUCGGCGGGCGUGUGGGGGCAGGAGGGCCCAGAGCUAUGUGGUGUGGACAAGGCCAUCUUCUCAGGAAUCUCACAGCGCUGCUCCCACUGCACCCGGCUCGGUGCCUCCAUCCCUUGCCGCUCCCCCGGAUGUGCGCGGCUUUACCACUUCCCCUGCGCGACUGCCAGCGGUUCCUUCCUAUCCAUGAAAACACUGCAGCUGCUAUGCCCGGAGCACAGUGAGGGGGCUGCACAUCUGGAGGAGGCUCGUUGUGCGGUAUGUGAGGGGCCAGGGGAAUUGUGUGACCUGUUCUUCUGUACCAGUUGCGGGCAUCACUAUCACGGGGCCUGCCUGGACACUGCUCUUACCGCCCGCAAGCGUGCUGGCUGGCAGUGCCCGGAAUGCAAAGUGUGCCAAGCCUGCAGGAAACCUGGGAAUGACUCUAAGAUGUUGGUCUGUGAGACGUGUGACAAAGGAUACCAUACCUUCUGCCUAAAACCACCAAUGGAGGAACUGCCCGCUCACUCUUGGAAGUGCAAGGCAUGCCGGGUAUGCCGGGCCUGUGGGGCAGGCUCAGCAGAGCUGAAUCCCAACUCUGAGUGGUAUGAAAACUACUCACUCUGUCACCGUUGUCACAAAGCCCAGGGAGGACAGCUCGUCAGUUCUGUUGCUGAGCAGCAUCCCCCUGUCUGUAGCAGGUUCUCACCCCCAGAGCCUGGCGAUACCCCCACUGAUGAGCCCGAAGCUCUGUACGUUGCAUGCCAAGGGCAGCCAAAGGGUGGGCACAUGACCUCUAUGCAACCCAAGGAACCGGGGCCCCUGCAAUGUGAAGCCAAACCACUAGGGAGAGCAGGGGCCCAACUUGAGCCCCGGUUGGAGGUCCCCCUAAAUGAGGAGAUGCCACUGCUGCCCCCACCUGAGGAGUCGCCCCUGUCCCCACCACCUGAGGAAUCGCCCACAUCCCCGCCACCUGAGGCAUCGCGCCUGUCCCCGCCACCGGAGGAAUCACCCCUCUCUCCACCGCCUGAGGAGUCUCCUCUGUCUCCUCCACCUGAAUCAUCACCUUUUUCUCCACUGGAGGAGUCACCAUUCUCUCCACCAGAGGAGUCACCCCCAUCUCCCCCACUUGAGACACCCCUCUCUCCACCACCUGAAGCGUCACCCCUGUCCCCACCGUUUGAAGAGUCUCCCCUGUCCCCCCCACCUGAGGAGUUGCCCACUUCCCCACCACCUGAAGCAUCUCGCCUGUCUCCACCACCUGAGGAGUCACCCAUGUCUCCUCCACCCGAAGAGUCUCCUAUGUCUCCACCACCUGAGGCAUCCCGUCUGUUCCCACCAUUUGAAGAAUCGCCCCUGUCCCCUCCACCAGAGGAGUCUCCCCUCUCCCCACCACCUGAGGCAUCACGUCUGUCCCCACCACCUGAGGACUCGCCCAUGUCCCCACCACCUGAAGACUCACCUAUGUCCCCCCCGCCUGAGGUGUCAUGCCUGUCCCCCCUGCCUGAGGUGUCACGCCUGUCCCCACCGCCUGAGGAAUCUCCCCUGUCCCCACCACCCGAGGAAUCUCCCACGUCCCCACCACCUGAGGCUUCACGCCUAUUCCCACCACCUGAGGACUCACCCACUUCCCCGCCACCUGAAGACUCACCUGCUUCUCCACCACCGGAGGACUUACUCGUGACCCUGCCGCUCGAGGAGUCGUCCCUGUUGCCACUGCCUGAGGAGCCACAACUCAGCCCCCGGCCUGAGGAGCUGUUCCUGUCCCCUCGGCCGGAGGAGCUGCGCCUGUCCCCUCGGCCGGAGGAGCCGCGCCUGUCCCCUGCACUUGAGGAACCAUGCCUGUCUCCCGCGCCUGAGGAGCUGCAUCUAUCCCCUUGGCUUGAGGAGCCGCGUCUGUCCCCCCGGACUGAGAAGCCAUGCCUGUCCCCUGCCCCUGAGGAGCUGCACCUGUGCCCUGGACCCGAGGAGCCCUGUCUGUCCCCCCGGCCUGAGGAGCCACGCCUGUCCCCCGUGCCUGAGGAGCCGCAGCUGUCCCCUGUGCCUGAGGAGCCGCGCCUGUCCCCCCGGCCUGAGGAACCGCGCCUGUCCCCUCGAUCUGAGGAACCGCACCUGUCCCCUCGACCUGAAGAGCCCCCUGAGGAGCCAGGCCUAUGCCCUGCACCUGAGGAAUUGCCCUUGUUCCUCCCACCUGGGGAGCCACCUCUAUCCCCCUUGCUUGGAGAGCCGGCCCUGUCUGAGCCUGGGGAGCCACCUCUGUCCCCUCUACCUGAGGAGUUGCCGUUGUCCCCAUCCGGGGAGCCAUCCUUGUCACCUCAGCUGAUGCCACCAGAUCCUCUUCCUCCUCCGCUCUCGCCCAUUAUCACGGCUGUGGCCCCGCCGGCUUUGUCUCCUUUGGGGGCGUUAGAGUACCCCUUUGGUGCCAAAGGGGACAGUGACCCUGAGUCGCCGUUGGCUGCCCCCAUCCUUGAGACGCCCAUCAGCCCUCCACCAGAAGCUAACUGCACUGACCCUGAGCCUGUACCCCCUAUGAUCCUCCCCCCAUCUCCAGGCUCCCCAAUGGGACCAGCCUCUCCCAUCCUGAUGGAGCCCCUUCCCUCUCGGUGUUCUCCACUCCUCCAGCAUUCCCUGCCUCCCCAAAACUCCCCUCCUUCCCAGGGCUCUCUUCCUGCUCUGGCACUGUCCAUUCCCUCCCCGCUGAGUCCCAUGGAGAAGGCAGUGGAGGUCUCAGAUGAGGCUGAGCCGCAUGAGAUGGAGACUGAGAAAGUCCCAGAACCUGAGUGUCCAGCCUUGGAACCCAGCCCUACUAGUCCUGUCCCCUCCCCCAUGGGGAACCUUUCCUGCCCUGCACCCAGCCCUGCCCCAGCUCUGGAUGACUUCUCUGGUCUGGGGGAAGACACAGCCCCUCUGGAUGGGACUGACACUCCUGGUUCACAGGCAGAGGCUGGACAGACCCCUGGCAGUUUGGCUGGUGAACUUAAGGGUUCCCCUGUGCUCCUGGACCCCGAGGAGCUGGCCCCUGUGACCCCUAUGGAGGUCUAUGGCCCAGAAGGCAAGCAGGCAGGGCAGGGUUCACCCUGUGAAGAGCAAGAGGGGCUACGUGUUCCAGUGGCCCCUACCCCACCCGCUCUCAUCAAAUCCGACAUCGUUAAUGAGAUCUCUAAUCUGAGCCAGGGCGAUGCCAGUGCCAGUUUUCCUGGCUCAGAGCCCCUGCUAGGCUCUCCCGACCCCGAGGGGGGCGGCUCCUUGUCCAUGGAGCUGGGGGUAUCUACAGACGUUAGUCCAGCCCGAGAUGAGGGCUCCCUGCGGCUCUGUACUGACUCGCUGCCAGAGACUGACGACUCGCUGCUGUGUGAUGCUGGGACAGCUAUUGGCGGAGGCAAAGCCGAGGGGGACAAGGGGAGGCGGCGCAGCUCCCCAGCUCGUUCCCGCAUCAAACAGGGUCGCAGUAGUAGUUUCCCAGGAAGACGCCGGCCACGUGGAGGAGCUCAUGGAGGACGUGGGAGAGGACGGGCCCGGCUAAAAUCAACUACUUCUUCCAUUGAGACUCUGGUAGUUGCUGAUAUCGAUAGCUCUCCCAGCAAGGAGGAAGAAGACGACGAUGACGACACCAUGCAAAAUACUGUGGUUCUCUUCUCCAACACAGACAAGUUUGUCCUCAUGCAGGACAUGUGUGUGGUAUGUGGCAGCUUUGGCCGGGGGGCAGAGGGCCACCUCCUUGCCUGUUCCCAGUGUUCUCAGUGCUAUCACCCUUACUGUGUCAACAGCAAGAUCACCAAGGUGAUGCUACUAAAGGGCUGGCGUUGCGUGGAGUGCAUUGUGUGUGAGGUGUGCGGCCAAGCCUCGGACCCCUCGCGCCUGCUGCUGUGUGAUGACUGUGACAUUAGCUACCACACGUACUGCCUGGACCCGCCACUGCUCACUGUGCCCAAGGGUGGCUGGAAGUGCAAGUGGUGUGUGUCUUGUAUGCAGUGUGGGGCCGCCUCCCCUGGCUUCCACUGUGAAUGGCAGAAUAGUUACACACAUUGCGGGCCCUGUGCCAGCCUGGUGACCUGCCCUAUCUGUCACGCCCCGUACGUGGAAGAAGACCUACUAAUCCAGUGCCGCCACUGUGAACGGUGGAUGCAUGCUGGCUGCGAGAGCCUCUUCACGGAGGAUGAUGUGGAACAGGCGGCUGACGAGGGCUUUGACUGUGUCUCCUGCCAGCCCUACGUGGUAAAGCCUGCUGCGCCUGUGGCCCCUCCAGAGUUGGUGCCUAUGAAGGUGAAAGAGCCAGAGCCUCAGUACUUCCGCUUCGAGGGCGUGUGGCUGACCGAAACGGGCAUGGCCGUGCUGCGUAACCUGACCAUGUCACCCCUGCACAAGCGGCGCCAGCGGCGGGCACGGCUCGGCCUCCCGGGCGAGGCAGGGCUAGAGGGUUCUGAGCCCUCAGAUGCCCUUGGCCCUGAUGACAAGAAGGAUGGGGACCUGGACACUGAUGAGCUGCUCAAGGGUGAAGGUGGCGUGGAGCACAUGGAAUGCGAAAUGAAACUGGAGGGCCCCGUCAGCCCUGAUGUGGAGCCUGGCAGAGAGGAGACCGAGGAAAGCAAGAAACGCAAACGCAAACCCUAUCGGCCUGGCAUCGGUGGUUUCAUGGUGCGACAGCGGAAAUCCCACACACGUGUGAAAAAAGGGCCUGCUGCACAGACGGAGGUGUUGAGUGGGGAUGGGCAGCCCGACGAGGUGAUGCCCGUGGACCUGCCUGUUGAGGGCCCUGUAGACCAGAGCUUAGCUGAUGGGGAUGAGAAGAAGAAGCAGCAGCGGCGAGGGCGCAAGAAGAGCAAACUGGAAGACAUGUUCCCUGCUUAUCUGCAGGAAGCCUUCUUUGGGAAGGAGCUGCUGGACCUGAGCCGGAAGGCCCUUUUUGCAGUUGGGGUGGGCCGGCCAAGUUUUGGACUAGGAACCCCCAAAGCCAAGGGGGAUGGAGGCUCAGAUAGGAAGGAGCUCCCCACCUCACAGAAAGGAGAUGAUUGUCCAGAUGUUGCAGAUGAAGAAUCCCGUGGCCCUGAGGGCAAGGCUGAUACACCAGGGCCUGAAGAUGGUGGCGUCAAGGCGUCCCCAGUGCCCAGUGACCCCGAGAAGCCAGGCACUCCGGGUGAAGGGAUGCUUAGCUCUGACUUAGAUAGGAUUCCCACCGAAGAACUGCCCAAGAUGGAAUCCAAGGACCUACAGCAGCUCUUCAAGGAUGUUCUGGGUUCUGAACGAGAGCAGCACCUGGGUUGUGGGACCCCUGGCCCAGACGGCAGCCGGACACCGCUGCAGAGGCCCUUUCUUCAAGGUGGACUCCCUUUGGGCAAUCUCCCCUCCAGCAGCCCAAUGGACUCCUACCCGGGCCUCUGCCAGUCCCCGUUCCUGGAUUCUAGGGAGCGCGGGGGCUUCUUUAGCCCGGAACCCGGUGAGCCAGACAGCCCCUGGACAGGCUCAGGGGGCACCACGCCCUCCACCCCCACCACCCCCACCACGGAGGGUGAGGGCGACGGGCUCUCCUAUAACCAGCGGAGCCUUCAGCGCUGGGAGAAGGAUGAGGAGUUGGGCCAGCUCUCCACCAUCUCGCCUGUGCUCUAUGCCAACAUUAACUUUCCUAAUCUCAAGCAGGAUUACCCAGACUGGUCUAGCCGUUGCAAACAAAUCAUGAAGCUCUGGAGAAAAGUUCCAGCUGCUGACAAAGCCCCCUACCUGCAAAAGGCCAAAGAUAACCGCGCGGCUCACCGCAUCAACAAGGUGCAAAAGCAGGCUGAGAGCCAGAUCAACAAGCAGACCAAGGUGGGCGACAUGGCCCGUAAGACUGACCGACCGGCCCUACAUCUCCGCAUUCCCCCCCAGCCAGGGGCACUGGGCAGUCCGCCUCCCGCUGCUGCCCCCACCAUUUUCAUUGGCAGCCCCACAACCCCCGCCGGCUUGUCUACCUCUGCGGAUGGGUUCCUGAAGCCGCCGGCGGGCACAGUGCCCGGCCCCGACUCGCCCGGUGAGCUCUUCCUCAAGCUCCCACCCCAGGUGCCCGCCCAAGUGCCUUCGCAGGACCCCUUUGGACUGGCCCCCGCCUACGCUCUGGAGCCCCGCUUCCCCACGGCACCACCCACCUACCCUCCCUAUCCUAGUCCAACUGGGGCCCCCACGCAGCCCCUGACGCUGGGCGCCUCAUCUCGUCCUGGGACUGGCCAGCCAGGGGAAUUCCACACUACCCCACCUGGCACCCCCCGACACCAGCCCUCCACACCUGACCCCUUUCUCAAACCUCGCUGCCCCUCACUGGACAACCUGGCUGUGCCUGAGAGCCCAGGGAUAGGGGGAGGCAAGGCUGCCGAGCCCCUGCUGUCGCCCCCGCCUUUUGGGGAGUCUCGGAAGGCCCUAGAGGUGAAGAAGGAAGAGCUCGGGGCAUCCUCUCCUAGCUAUGGGCCCCCAAACCUAGGUUUUGUUGACUCACCUUCCUCAGGCCCUCACCUGGGCAGCCUGGAGUUAAAGGCACCUGAUGUCUUCAAAGCCCCUCUCACCCCUCGGGCAUCUCAGGUAGAGCCCCAGAGCCCGGGCUUGGGCCUAAGGCCCCAGGAGCCACCCCCUGCCCAGGCUUUGGCCCCUUCUUCCCCCGGCCACUCGGACAUCUUUCGCCCUGGCCCCUACCCUGACCCCUAUGCCCAGCCCCCAUUGACCCCUCGGCCCCAGCCCCCACCCCCUGAGAGCUGCUGUGCCCCGCCCCCCCGCUCGUUGCCCUCAGACCCUUUCUCCCGAGUGCCCGCCAGUCCCCAGUCCCAGUCCAGCUCCCAGUCCCCAUUAACCCCCCGUCCUUUGUCUGCCGAGGCUUUUUGCCCAUCUCCUGUUACCCCUCGCUUCCAGUCCCCUGAUCCCUAUUCCCGUCCACCCUCACGCCCUCAGUCCCGUGACCCAUUUGCCCCCUUGCAUAAGCCACCCCGACCCCAGCCCCCUGAAGUUGCCUUCAAGGCUGGGCCUCUAGCCCACACUCCUCUGGGGGCUGGGGGCUUCCCAGCAGCCCUGCCCUCAGGGCCGGCAGGUGAGCUCCAUGCUAAGGUCCCAAGUGGGCAGCCGCCCAAUUUCGCCCGGUCCCCUGGGACGGGUGCUUUUGUGGGUACCCCCUCUCCCAUGCGUUUCACUUUCCCUCAGGCGGUAGGGGAGCCUUCCCUAAAGCCCCCCGUCCCUCAGCCUGCUCUCCCUCCACCCCAUGGGAUCAACAGCCAUUUUGGGCCCGGCCCUACCUUGGGCAAGCCUCAAAGCACAAACUACGCAGUAGCCACAGGGAACUUCCACCCAUCGGGCAGCCCCCUGGGAUCCAGCAGUGGGCCCACAGGAGAGGGCUUUGGGCUGUCCCCGCUACGUCCCCCAUCAGUCCUACCACCACCUGCACCCGAUGGAUCCCUCCCCUACCUGUCCCAUGGAGCCUCACAGAGGGCAGGCAUCACCUCUCCAGUUGAUAAGCGAGAAGACCCAGGGGCUGGAAUGGGCGGCUCUUUGGCGGCACCCGAACUUCCAGGUACCCAGGACCCAGGCAUGUCCAGCCUCAGCCAAACAGAACUGGAGAAGCAGCGGCAGCGCCAGCGACUCCGGGAGCUGCUGAUUCGGCAGCAGAUCCAGCGCAACACCCUGCGGCAGGAGAAGGAGACAGCUGCGGCAGCUGCAGGAGCGGUGGGGCCCACAGGCAGCUGGGGUGCUGAGCCCAGCAGCCCUGCCUUUGAGCAGCUGAGUCGAGGCCAGGCCCCCUUCGCCGGGACCCAGGACAAGAGUAACCUUGUGGGGCUGCCCCCAAGCAAGUUGGGUGGCCCCAUUGUGGGCCCGGGGGCUUUCCCCGGUGACGACCGACUCUCCCGGCCACCUCCACCAGCCACCCCUUCUUCUAUGGAUGUGAACAACCGGCAACUGGUGGGAGGCUCCCAAGCCUUCUAUCAGCGGGCACCCUACCCCGGCUCCCUGCCCUUACAGCAGCAGCAGCAGCAGCUGUGGCAGCAGCAGCAGCAGGCGGCGGCCACAGCAGCGACCUCCGUGCGACUUGCCAUGUCUACCCGCUUCCCAUCAACUCCCGGGCCCGAACUUGGCCGCCAAGCCCUAGGUUCCCCCUUGGCGGGAAUUCCCACCCGCCUGCCUGGCCCCGGGGAGCCAGUGCCUGGUCCAUCUGGUCCUGCCCAGUUCAUUGAGUUGCGGCACAAUGUACAGAAAGGACUAGGACCUGGGGGGGCUCCGUUUCCUGGUCAGGGCCCCCCUCAGAGGCCCCGGUUUUACCCAGUAAGUGAGGACUCCCACCGAAUGGCUCCUGAAGGGCUUCGAGGCCUAGCAGUAUCUGGCCUCCCCCCGCAGAAACCCUCAGCGCCCCCGGCCCCUGAACUGAACAACAGUCUCCAUCCAAUGCCCCACACCAAAGGUCCCUCCCUGCCCACUGGCUUGGAGCUGGUUAGCCGGCCCCCCUCAGGCACUGAGCUUGGCCGCCCCCCUCCUCUGGCCCUGGAAGCUGGGAAGUUACCCUGCGAGGAUCCCGAGCUGGACGAUGACUUUGAUGCCCACAAGGCCCUAGAGGAUGAUGAGGAGCUUGCUCACCUGGGUCUGGGUGUGGAUGUGGCCAAGGGAGAUGAUGAGCUGGGCACCUUGGAAAACCUGGAGACCAAUGACCCCCACCUGGAUGACCUGCUCAACGGGGAUGAGUUUGACCUGCUGGCCUAUACUGAUCCUGAGCUGGACACUGGGGACAAGAAGGACAUCUUCAAUGAGCACCUAAGGCUGGUGGAGUCGGCCAAUGAGAAGGCUGAGCGGGAGGCCCUGCUGCGGGGGGUGGAGCCAGUACCCUUGGGCCCUGAGGAACGCCCUCCCCCUGCUGCUGAUGCGUCUGAGCCCCGUCUGGCAUCGGUGCUUCCUGAGGUGAAGCCCAAGGUGGAGGAAGGUGGGCGCCACCCUUCCCCUUGCCAGUUCGCCAUUACCACCCCCAAGGUAGAACCAGCACCUGCCACCACUUCCCUAGGCCUGGGGCUGAAGCCAGGACAGAGCGUGAUGGGCAGCCGGGACACCCGGAUGGGCACGGGACCCUUUUCCAGCAGUGGGCACACAACUGAGAAGGGCCCUUUUGGGGCCACGGGAGGCCCACCAGCUCACCUGCUGACCCCCAGCCCGCUGAGUGGCCCAGGAGGGUCCUCCCUGCUGGAAAAGUUUGAGCUAGAGAGUGAGGCCUUGACCUUGCCCAGUGGCCAUGCCGCAUCCGGGGAUGAGCUGGACAAGAUGGAGAGCUCGCUGGUAGCCAGUGAGUUACCCUUGCUCAUCGAGGACCUGCUGGAGCAUGAGAAGAAGGAGCUGCAGAAGAAGCAGCAGCUUUCGGCACAGCUGCAGCCUGCUCAGCAGCAACAGCAGCAACAUUCCUUGCUGUCCACACCAGGCCCUGCCCAGACCAUGUCUUUGCCGCACGAGGGCUCUUCUCCCAGUUUGGCUGGGCCCCAACAGCAGCUUGCCCUAGGACUUGGAGGGUCCCGACAGCCAGGCUUGGCCCAGCCCCUGAUGCCCACCCAGCCACCAGCACAUGCCCUGCCGCAGCGCCUGGCCCCAUCCAUGGCCAUGGUGUCCAAUCAGGGGCAUAUGCUAAGUGGGCAGCACGGGGGGCAGGCAGGCUUGGGGCCCCAGCAGAGCUCACAGCCGGCGCUGGCACAGAAGCCCAUGGGUACCAUGCCCCCUUCCAUGUGCAUGAAACCUCAGCAGCUGGCUAUGCAGCAGCAGCUGGCUAACAGCUUCUUCCCGGACACAGAUCUGGACAAAUUUGCGGCGGAAGAUAUCAUCGAUCCCAUUGCGAAGGCCAAGAUGGUGGCUUUGAAAGGCAUCAAGAAGGUGAUGGCUCAGGGCAGCAUUGGAGUGGCACCUGGUAUGAACAGGCAGCAAGUGUCCCUGCUAGCCCAGAGACUCUCGGGGGGGCCCGGCAGUGAUCUACAGAACCACGUGGCAGCUGGGAGUGGCCAGGAACGGAGUGCUGGUGACCCCUCCCAGCCUCGUCCCAAUCCACCCACCUUUGCCCAGGGAGUGAUCAAUGAGGCUGACCAGCGGCAGUAUGAAGAGUGGCUGUUUCAUACCCAGCAGCUCCUGCAGAUGCAGCUGAAGGUGCUAGAGGAGCAGAUUGGCGUGCACCGCAAGUCCCGGAAGGCUCUGUGUGCCAAGCAGCGCACUGCCAAAAAGGCUGGCCGUGAGUUCCCGGAGGCUGAUGCUGAGAAGCUCAAGCUGGUUACAGAGCAGCAGAGCAAGAUCCAGAAACAACUGGAUCAGGUCCGGAAGCAGCAGAAGGAGCACACUAACCUCAUGGCAGAGUAUCGGAAUAAGCAGCAGCAGCAGCAGCAGCAGCAGCACUCGGCCGUGUUGGCCCUUAGCCCAUCCCAGAGUCCCCGGCUCCUCACCAAGCUCCCUGGUCAGCUGCUCCCGGGCCAUGGGCUGCAGCCACCACAGGGGCCUCCGGGUGGGCAAGCUGCAGGUCUUCGCCUGCCCCCAGGGGGCAUGACACUCCCUGGACAGCCUGGUGGCCCUUUCCUCAACACCUCCCUGGCCCAGCAGCAGCAACAGCAACAUUCUGGUGGGGCUGGGGCCUUGGCUGGCCCCUCGGGGGGCUUUUUCCCCGGCAACCUUGCUCUUCGAGGCCUAGGACCCGAUUCGAGACUUCUACAGGAAAGGCAGCUGCAGCUCCAGCAGCAGCGCAUGCAGCUAGCCCAGAAACUGCAGCAGCAGCAGCAGCAGCAGCAGCAGCAGCACCUCCUGGGACAGGUGGCAGUCCAGCAGCAACAGCAGCAGAGCCUGGGCGUACAGGCAAACCAGGCUCUGGGUCCCAAGCCCCAGGGACUUCUGCCUCCCAGCAGCCAUCCGGGCCUCUUGGUCCAGCAGCUGUCCCCGCAACCACCCCAGGGGCCCCAGGGCAUGCUGGGCCCUGCCCAGGUGGCAGUGUUGCAGCAGCAGCAGCAGCACCCUGGAGCUUUGGGCCCCCAGGGUCCUCACAGACAGGUGCUUCUGACCCAGUCCCGGGUGCUGAGUUCCCCCCAGCUGGCGCAGCAGGCUCAGGGCCUUAUGGGACACCGGCUGGUCACGGCCCAGCAGCAGCAGCACCAACACCAACAGCAGGGAUCCAUGGCGGGCCUUUCCCAUCUGCAGCAGGGCCUGAUGCCGCAUGCUGGGCAGCCCAAACUCAGCACUCAGCCCAUGGCCGCCUUGCAGCAGCAGCAGCAGCUCCAGCAGCAGCAGCAGCAGCAGCAGCAGCAGCAGCAGCAGCAACUCCAGCAGCAGCAGCAGCAGCAGCUCCAGCAGCAGCAGCAGCAGCAGCAGCAGCAGCAGCAGCAACAGUUUCAGCAGCAGCAGCUCCAGCAACAGCAGCAAUUUCAGCAGCAGCAAUUUCAGCAGCAGCCGCAGCCGCAGUCACAGCAGCAGAUGGGCCUCUUGAACCAGAGUCGAACUUUACUGUCUCCGCCACAGCAGCCGCAGCCACAGCCGCAGCCGCAGGGGCCCCUCGGCCCGGGCAUGCCGGCCAAGGCUGCGCAACACUUUUCUAGCCCUGGAGCCCUGGGUGCCGCCGUCCUGACGGGCAAGGAGCAGAGCAUGGUAGAGACGGCUGUUCCUCCAGAGGCCACGGAGGGGCCAUCCACACAUCAGGGGGCGCCGCUAGCCCUAGGGGCUGUUCCCGAGUCGGCGGCCACCGAGCCUGGGGAGGUGAAGCCCUCGCUCUCUGGGGACUCGCAGCUCCUGCUUGUCCAGCCGCAGGCCCAGCCGCAGCCCAGCCCUGCGCAGCUACAGCCGUCUCUGAGGCUCCCAGGGCCCCAGCAGCAGCAAGUUAACUUGCUCCACACGGCAGGUGUGGGAAGCCAUGGGCAGGCGGGCAGCGGCUCAUCCUCAGAGGCCUCAGCCAUGCCUCACCUGCUGGCCCAGUCCUCUGUUCCUUUAGGGGAGCAGCCUGGGACCAUGACCCAGAACCUUCUGGGCUCCCAACAACCCCUUGGACUAGAGCGGCCGGUGCAAAAUAACGCAGGGCCACAGCCUGCCAAAGCAGGAUCUGUCCCCCAGUCUGGUCCGGGCCUGCCCGGGCCUGGAGUCAUGCCAACGGUGGGUCAGCUUCGAGCGCAGCUCCAAGGAGUCCUAGCCAAAAACCCCCAGCUGCGGCACUUGAGCCCGCAGCAGCAGCAGCAGCUACAGGCGCUCCUCAUGCAACGGCAGCUGCAGCAGAGUCCGGCAGUGCGCCAGGCACCCCCCUACCAGGAGCCCGGGGCCCAGCCCUCUCCCCUCCAGGGCCUCCUGGGCCGCCAGCCCCAGCUUGGGGGCUUCCCUGGAUCCCAGACUGGCCCCCUCCAGGAGCUAGGGGCGGGGCUUCGACCUCAGGGCCCACCCCGGCUCCCCGCCCCACAAGGAGCCUUAGCCGCAGGACCGGUCCUCGGCCCUGUCCAUCCCACACCUCCACCAUCCAGCCCCCAAGAGCCAAAGAGACCUUCCUCACAGCCCCCCGGAGCCAGCCCCCUCGUCCCAUCCCAGCUCCCCUCUGAGGCCCAGCUCCCCCCUACCCAGCCAGGGACCCCAAAACCCCAGGGGCCAUCCUUGGAGCUGCCUCCUGGGAGGGUCUCACCUGCUGCUGCCCAGCUUGCGGAUACCUUCUUUGGCAAGGGGCUGGGACCUUGGGACCCCCCAGACAACCUAGUAGAAGCCCAGAAGCCAGAGCAGAGCAGCCUGGCACCUGGACAUCUGGAGCAGGUGAACGGGCAGGCAGUGCCUGAGCCACCCCAUCUCAGCAUCAAGCAGGAGCCUCGGGAGGAGCCAUGUGCCCUGGGAGCCCAGGCAGUGAAGAGGGAGGCCAACGGGGAGCCAAUAGGGGCACCAGGUACCAGCAACCACCUCCUGCUGGCAGGCACCCGCUCAGAGGCCGGGCAUCUGCUCUUGCAGAAGCUUCUACGGGCAAAGAAUGUGCAACUCAGCACUGGGCGGGGGCCCGAGGGGCUGCGAGCUGAGAUCAACGGGCACAUUGACAGCAAGCUGGCUGGGCUGGAGCAGAAACUACAGGGUACCCACAGCAGCAAGGAGGAUACAGCAGCAAGGAAGCCUGUGACAGCGAAGCCCAAGCGGGUGCAGAAGGCAAGCGACAGGUUGGUGAGCUCCCGAAAGAAGCUGCGGAAGGAGGACGGGGUCAGGGCCAGCGAGGCCUUGCUGAAACAGCUGAAACAGGAGCUGUCCCUGCUGCCCCUAACGGAGCCUACCAUCACCGCCAAUUUUAGCCUCUUUGCUCCCUUCGGCAGUGGCUGCCCGGUCAAUGGGCAGUGCCAGCUGAGGGGGGCCUUUGGAAGUGGGGCACUGCCCACUGGCCCUGACUACUAUUCCCAGCUGCUUACCAAGAAUAACCUGAGUAACCCGCCGACACCACCCUCGUCGCUGCCCCCCACCCCACCCCCAUCGGUGCAGCAGAAGAUGGUGAAUGGUGUCACUCCAUCUGAAGAGCUGGGGGAACACCCCAAGGAUGCUGCCUCUGCCCGGGAUACUGAAGGGACACUGAGGGAUGCUUCAGAGGUGAAGAGUCUAGACCUGCUGGCUGCCUUGCCUACACCCCCUCACAAUCAGACUGAGGAUGUCAGGAUGGAAAGCGAUGAGGACAGCGAUUCUCCUGAUAGCAUUGUGCCAGCUUCGUCCCCCGAAAGCAUCCUGGGGGAGGAGGCCCCUCGUUUCCCUCAGCUGGGCUCAGGCCGGUGGGAGCAGGAAGACCGGGCUCUCUCCCCUGUCAUCCCCAUCAUUCCUCGGGCCAGUAUCCCAGUCUUCCCAGAUACCAAACCUUACGGGGCCCUGGACCUGGAGGCCCCUGGAAAGCUGCCUGCCACAGCUUGGGAAAAGGGCAAAGGAAGUGAGGUGUCAGUCAUGCUGACAGUCUCUGCCGCUGCGGCCAAGAACCUGAAUGGUGUGAUGGUGGCAGUGGCAGAGCUGCUAAGCAUGAAGAUCCCCAACUCCUAUGAGGUGCUGUUUCCAGAGAGCCCUGCCCGGGCGGGCAUUGAACCUAAGAAGGGGGAAGCUGAGGGCCCUGGAGGGAAAGAAAAGGGUCUGGGAGGCAAGAGCCCAGAAGCUGGCCCUGAUUGGCUGAAGCAGUUUGAUGCAGUAUUGCCCGGCUAUACCCUCAAGAGCCAGCUAGACAUCUUGAGCCUCCUGAAACAGGAGAGCCCCGCCCCAGAGCCACCCACCCAACACAGCUACACCUACAACGUCUCCAAUCUGGAUGUGCGACAGCUCUCCGCCCCGCCUCCUGAAGAGCCCUCCCCGCCCCCGUCCCCCUUGGCACCCUCUCCUGCCAGCCCCCCUGCCGAGCCCCUGGUUGAACUCCCGGCUGAACCCUCAGCUGAGCCACCGGUCCCAUCGCCCCUGCCACUGGCCUCAUCCCCUGAAUCGGCCCGACCCAAGCCCCGAGCCCGGCCCCCUGAAGAAGGUGAAGAUUCCCGGCCCCCUCGCCUCAAGAAGUGGAAGGGGGUGCGCUGGAAGCGGCUGCGGCUGCUGCUGACCAUCCAGAAGGGCAGCGGGCGGCAGGAGGAUGAGCGGGAAGUGGCGGAGUUUAUGGAACAGCUUGGCACGGCCCUGCGACCUGACAAGGUGCCUCGUGACAUGCGGCGCUGCUGCUUCUGUCACGAGGAGGGUGAUGGGGCCACUGAUGGGCCUGCCCGCCUGCUGAACCUGGACCUGGACCUGUGGGUGCACCUCAACUGUGCCCUGUGGUCCACGGAGGUCUACGAGACUCAGGGCGGGGCGCUGAUGAACGUGGAGGUGGCCCUGCACCGAGGACUGCUAACCAAGUGCUCCCUGUGCCAGCGCACCGGUGCCACCAGCAGCUGCAAUCGAAUGCGGUGCCCCAGUGUCUACCAUUUUGCCUGCGCCAUCCGCGCCAAGUGCAUGUUCUUCAAGGACAAGACCAUGCUGUGUCCAAUGCAUAAGAUCAAGGGGCCCUGUGAGCAGGAGCUGAGCUCUUUUGCUGUCUUCCGGCGCGUCUACAUCGAGCGGGAUGAGGUGAAGCAAAUCGCCAGCAUCAUCCAGCGGGGAGAGCGGCUGCACAUGUUCCGCGUGGGGGGCCUUGUGUUCCACGCCAUCGGACAGCUGCUGCCUCAUCAGAUGGCUGACUUCCAUAGCGCCACUGCCCUCUAUCCCGUGGGCUACGAGGCCACGCGCAUCUACUGGAGCCUCCGCACCAACAACCGCCGCUGCUGCUACCGCUGCUCCAUCGGCGAGAACAACGGGAGGCCCGAGUUCAUCAUCAAAGUCAUGGAGCAGGGCCUGGAGGACCUGGUCUUCGCCGACGCCUCCCCCCAGGCGGUGUGGAAUCGCAUCAUUGAGCCUGUGGCUGCCAUGAGAAAAGAGGCCGACAUGCUGCGGCUCUUCCCCGAGUACCUGAAAGGCGAGGAGCUCUUUGGGCUUACGGUGCACGCCGUGCUGCGCAUAGCUGAAUCACUGCCUGGAGUGGAGAGCUGUCAAAACUAUUUAUUCCGCUAUGGACGCCACCCCUUGAUGGAGCUGCCACUCAUGAUCAAUCCCACUGGUUGUGCCCGAUCGGAGCCUAAAAUCCUCACACACUACAAACGGCCUCACACCCUGAACAGCACCAGCAUGUCCAAGGCAUAUCAGAGCACCUUCACAGGCGAGACCAACACCCCAUACAGCAAGCAGUUUGUGCACUCCAAGUCAUCACAGUACCGGCGCCUACGCACUGAGUGGAAGAACAACGUGUACCUGGCUCGCUCCCGUAUCCAGGGCCUGGGGCUCUACGCUGCCAAGGACCUAGAAAAGCACACAAUGGUCAUCGAAUAUAUUGGCACCAUCAUUCGCAAUGAGGUGGCCAACCGGCGGGAGAAAAUCUAUGAGGAGCAGAAUCGAGGCAUCUACAUGUUCCGAAUAAACAACGAACAUGUGAUUGAUGCUACGUUGACCGGAGGCCCUGCCAGGUACAUUAACCAUUCCUGUGCCCCUAACUGUGUGGCGGAAGUUGUGACGUUUGACAAGGAGGAUAAAAUCAUCAUCAUCUCCAGCCGGCGAAUCCCCAAAGGAGAGGAGCUGACCUAUGACUAUCAGUUUGACUUUGAGGACGAUCAGCACAAGAUCCCCUGCCACUGUGGAGCCUGGAAUUGUCGAAAAUGGAUGAACUAAGAAGCUUAGAGGCUACCAGGCAGGGGAGUCCCCCCACCCCCAACCUCUUCCCUGAAAGGGAUGAGGGGGAAGAGAGGUAGCAGCCAGAGCCAGGACCCAGGGCUGGGGCUGCCGGCUGACCGGAGCCCCUGGAGCAGGAGGCUGGGGCAGAGGGCCCUAGGCCAAGCCCACCCUGGGCACCAGGGACAACCCUCUUCCCCGCCACCGGCCCCCAGGCUGGCAUCUCUGCCCCCAGCUCCAGGAGGGGCCAGACAGAAGCAGCCAUUGGGCAUCUCAGGUUUGAGGGGGAUAUGGGCCGGGAAAUACCCAGAAGCAACUGGGAGGCAGCAGGGAGGGGGGAGGAGGAUGUGUGGCCGGGCCUCACAGCCCUGCUGCUCCCACCGACCUCUCCGGCCCGACUCGAGGCUGCAAAGAGACUUGACUAAGCUUGACAAUCCCAAAGGCCGGGUCCCACACCUGGCCCUGCCUGCCGGGUCCUGCCCCCACCCUCACUCCCAUCCCCUUCCCUCUCAAUCUGUCUCUGUCUCCCUCUUCUCCUCUGUGUUUCUGUCUCUCUAUGGGUUGUGUUUCCUUGUUUUCCACUCUGACAAAUGCAACAUGAACGGGAAAGAGGCGCCCAGCUGCCCAGGAGGGCAAGUCAGGCAAGCCGGGCAAGGAGACCCCGCACCCACACCUACCUCAUUUAAGUGUUGGAUUUUUUGCUGUUUUGAAAUGUGAGACCCUCUCCAAGCCCCCUACUGCCCCGACCCUCUCUUCCGCCUCACUGCCCUCUUCUGAGUGGGUGGAAGGGGGGUAGGAAGAGGAAGAAAAACAACAACAAAAAAUCCAUCUUUGUUUUUAAUUAUGGGCAUGGGAUGGUGGUUGAGGCUAAUGAUGAUGAAGAUUGGGGAUAACUGGCCCCUAGUUGCUCUAGGACUUCCUUCUCCAUCUGGACAUGGGGGCAGGAGGGGUGUGCUAAACCUAGGACCAGGAUAUCUCCCUCCUGUUUUCCCAACCCCAUCAUGAGCCCAUUUGCCCUCCAGCCCCUGGAUGGGGUGGAUGGGUGGUAGGGUGAGGGCUAUCCCUGAGUGGCAUGCCCAUACCCAGUGAGGCAGGGUGUGGCCCGGAGCUCCCACUUUCCCUCAGUCACCAAACUGCUGCUGGUCUGGUGGGAAGGGGUGGUGAUGUGGGGGUGGGGAGCUUAGUGUCAGCGCGGGGAGGGUGGGGGGUAUUUAUCUAUUUAUACAUGGGAUUGUACAUAGUCUUGUGGGGAAUGGGGGAGCCGGCUGGAGGUGAGAACCCUCCCCUCUCCCCCCACCCCCGGGGAGAGCAAAUGUAAAACUACUAAUUUUUGUGCUUUAUAUAUUCUAUAUAAAUAUAUCUAUUUUCUUUUUACAAAACCAGUUUAUAAAUGGUAGGGGGGCGUGGGGCGGACACAUGGAGCUCCCCUUGUGGGGGGGCCCCCUCCAUUACCCAACCUACCGCCCUUUUCCUCACCCCCUCCUCCCCACCCCCUGGCUGUGACUGCUGUAAGGUGGGGGUAUAGAGGCUGGGCAAUUCUCACCCCCGUUGUAUAGUUGGACUAUGUUAUAACGCACAAAAGUGAGCUGGCCCCAGGGGGAGCCAGAGGGUGAUGGGUUCCCUGCCUCCCUUUCCUUCCCCCUUUCUGCCCAAGCUUGUGCUGCAGUUGAACCUCUUCCUGGGGGGUAGGGGUAGGUUGGGGGUGGGUGAGGCCCCAGACCCCCUCAAGUAGGGAGCGUGGGGAUGAAGAUGAAGCUUAUAUGCAGUUCUCUCCUAGGGGCUGUGGGCAAAGGGCAUUUUGUAAUUAAUAUUUUCAAGAAUCAAAUGUCUGGAGUGUAGGGGUGGGCUUGGUGGCGGUGGAUGGGCGGGCCUGCUGGAGGGGGAGCAAGGUCGCUGUUGUGAUUUUAGGUUUUGUUUUGUUUUGUUUUUGAAUUUGGGGGGUUGCGGAUUGAUGGGGGUAGGGAGAUUUUUUUUUUUUUUUAAAGCUGCUUCCUCAACUGUUUCAAGCUGCAAAUCUUUAAGAGAAUAACAUCCCCCCACCCCCACAGAAACCACUGUCAUUAAAUCAGACAGUGGGGAGACUGGGCUGCUGCCCCCAAAGCCAUUGGAUAUUCCUUUUCCAAGAGCAAAAGGUCUAGGCUACAGGGAGGGGGAAGAUUGGCUCCUGUGAGUCAGGCUCUGGUUGGGGCUUGGGCCCUGGGAUUGGGAAAAGGGGAUGGGGCAGACUUUGUAAGCAUAUGCUAGGUAUCCGAUAGUCCUGUAGAAUUUAGUGAAGAAACCUAUACAGUUUUUAAUUUUUAUAUAAACUAACUCAGACCCAGGCUACAAGGUUGGAAUUUUGGUUGUUGGUUUUUUUGUUUUGUUUUGUUUUUAAGUACCCCGCCUGUAUAAUUGCAUCUGAAUUCCCUCCUCUCCCUCCCCCGCCUCCCUCCCCCCAUGUUUUUAUUUUAGGUUGGUUUACACUUGCACAUAUUCAAUUUUCAGUUUUUCCCUUUUACAGUCUUCUCCCCUCACCUCCAGGACCCUCCCCCUUUUUAAAAAAUAAAUCGCUGACAAGUGUGAAUCCCGUGAAGACUUUAUUUUGUGUUGUGUGUAUCCUGUACAGCAAGGUUGGUCCUUCGUAACAACGGAUGAAAUGAUUCCCUUUUUUAAAGCGCCCUCUCUCCCUCCACCCCCAGCGCCCUGUCCUUGGCAUGUUUUGUAUCAGCGAUCAUUCUGAACUGUACAUAAUUUAUGUUGCAAGAGGCAAAGGGCAAGUUUUGGAUUUUGCUUCUUCCAAGUUUGUUUUUAAACGACAAAUAAAAAAGAACAUUUUAAAUACAA